CAAUUGAUGAUGAAAGAUGUAUUCAGGCCGACCAAAUCCGCUCCAUGUUCUCCUCCAAAGCCUCUCGGUAUCUCCCGAACUCGGUCUGAAUCGUUUCAUGCGAUCCACAAAGUUCCUAUCGGAGACAGUCCUUACGUCAGAGCCAAAAAUGUUCAGUUAGUAGAGAAGGAUCCGGAGAGAGCAAUUCCUAUGUUCUGGUCGGCCAUUAAUGCGGGAGACAGAGUGGACAGUGCUCUGAAAGACAUGGCCAUAGUGAUGAAGCAGCAAGACCGUGCGGAAGAAGCCAUUGAAGCCAUUAAAUCUCUCAGAGUCAGGUGUUCAGAUCAAGCCCAGGAGUCUCUUGACAACAUCCUCCUAGAUCUCUACAAGAGAUGUGGGAGAUUAGAUGACCAGAUCGCACUUUUGAAACACAAGCUCUUGUUGAUACAGAAAGGACUAGCCUUUAACGGCAAACGAACCAAAACCGCUAGGUCUCAGGGGAAGAAGUUUCAAGUCUCUGUGGAGCAAGAAGCCACUCGGCUACUGGGUAACUUGGGAUGGGCUUUGAUGCAGAGAGAUAACUUCGUUGAAGCUGAAGAAGCGUACAGGAGAGCCUUGUCUAUCGCACCGGACAACAACAAGAUGUGUAAUCUCGGUAUCUGUCUUAUGAAGCAAGGCAGGAUCGAUGAAGCUAAAGAGACGUUAAGACGUGUGAAGCCAGCGGUGGUGGAUGCUCCUAGAGGAGUGGAUUCUCACCUAAAGGCUUACGAGAGAGCGCAACAGAUGCUCAGUGAUCUUGGUUCUGAAACGAUGAGGAGAGGAGGGGGUGAUAGAGUUGAGCAGAGGAGGCUUUUCGAUGCGAUGUUUGGGUCUUCCUCUGUAUGGCAGCCUCAGCCCUGUAGAGAAGAGAGCGUGAAGCCCAAGGCAAAGCCGGAUGGAUAUGGUGACGAGAACGUGAAGACAUUAAGGGUCGAUCCAAAACCAUUCGGGUCUUCCUCCUCUGUAUGGCAGCAGCAGCCUCAGCCUUUUAACGUGAAGCUCAAGGCAAAGCUAGAUUUGAGUGACGAGAACGUGAAGACGAAUGUGAAUGUUGUAAACAACCCAUUAAGGGUGGAUGCAAAACCAUUCAUCUCUUCCAAUAACGAGAAGCUCAAGAGAACGAGAUCUUCUAGCCAAACAACAACAAUGGGAAUGUUGAGUUGUGGUGGUGGUGGUGAUGAGGGAGAGACAAACGCUAAGAGAAGAUUGUCAAUGGAGAAGAAAGCAAUGGAGUGUGGGUUACCAGACAACAAGGAGUUUGAAGAAGCCAUGAUCAUGGCUGUUUUGGGGACAGGGACGAAAGUGGUGGACAAGAAGAGGCUAAAGGUUUUUCAGGAUAUCACUUUGUCCUGUCUAAACCCAAGAGCCUGAUGAGAGCUAUCUCAAUCAGAAUCUCUAACCAAUCUAUUUUAUGUCAUUCUAAUUUAUUAGUUUUCUAAGUAAAGUUGGGGGUGGGUACUUGGUGAUGCCAAAAAAAAGGAGAUGAGCUCUUAAUCUCCUUGGUGAUUUAAAUUUAAUGUUUUUGUCAGCUUAUAAAGUUGCUACAUUUUUUGUUUAUUCUUCUUCACGAUUAAUGCCAUUGGCCAAUAAUGAAGGUUGAAAGUUAUGUUCU